CGGACGCGUGCGGCCAUGGUGAGGCGGCGGCAGCGGGAGGCUGAGGCGGUGCCCGCGGGUCCGCCAGCCUCGCCGGACUCCGAUGAUGACGAGGAGGCCCCUGAGGAGCUCUCCUUCGGCGCGGCGGCGGCGGCGGCCGAGAGCGAGCGGCAGCUGGCCGGGGAGGCGGCACGCAGGCACCGGGAGCUGCUGAAGGAGAGGCGGCGGCGGCGGCAGGAGCUGUUCGUGGAGCAGAAGAGGAGGAAGCUGCUGCCCGACGCCCUGCUGCAGGAGCUGGCCGCCGGACGACCGGACAAACCAGCCGCUGCAGCUGAGCGAGACAAACAGCCUGGCCGUAGGUCUGAGAAGCAGAGCAAAGGCCGUGUGCGGAAACAGGUGAAGCAGGACAAAGCUAGGGGUGCCAGGUCAGAAGGAAACUAUACAGCUAUGCACUUAAAAGAUCAGAGUUUAACAGGCCUUCACCAACAAACAGCCAAAGACUUUGUGUACAGCCAUCUCUACGGCCCAGGCACCAACCGAACAAGUGCAAAUGAAUUUUUUUCCCUCGCAAACAAGAAAGAUCCAGUUAAAAAAGCUGCAGUGCAGUUUGUGGACAAAUCUUGGGGGCUAGAAAAAAAGCAAAAAGCAACAAAGUUUAAGAAACACUGGAUUGCAGUGAAGAUGCAAAGUACAGCAUGAAGACAGCUUUUUCAGAAGAUGCCAUCAAGGACCUGGGCUGAAAAUUAAUUUCUCACCACCUAUACAUAUGUAACAGCUGUUUUUUCCUGCCCCUUCUCCAUCACCACUACUCUCUUUCAGCAGGUACUGAACUUUACAGAGCUGUCCCCAUUGCCCUGUGUUCUUUACCUCCCCCUUUCAGAACAUACUGGGGGCAGCUAACAAAGCACCGGGUCACAGCAGGGACUGGGUGACUUUCAGGGGCUGCUACAGCUGGGCUCAGAGCUGGACUCCAUUUCAUGAGAGAAUAAAGAUGAAUGACUUUGUACUUAC